UGGCUGAGAGCAGGGACAUCAUUUAUUCCUUUUGUACAUCCUUGUAGUAACAAGGACCCUCGUUGCUAAACCAAAACUUGCGACACAAGGUCUGAAAAAUAAGAAAGCCCACCUGGAAGCUAGUGUCCUGGUAGAUCUGGGGCAAUUGUCACCCUGAAUGGUCUAGGUGGGCGUGAACCAGAAGCUCCUGCAGGGCGGUUCUGUCGGGUCCCCUGGGCAGCUUCAGCGCCCAGCGAUGAAUGAAUGAGAGUGAGUAAAUGAAUGAAUAUGAAUGAGCGGAUGAAAGAUGCCUGCAGGGAGUUUCCCAAGGCCUUGGCCGCGGGCGGGUGCGCCUCUGGCCAGUUGUUCCGGGUGGCAGCCUCUCGAGCCCUGGACUUCAGGCGGAGUUCGGCUGCCCAGCCCGCCGGGAUGCACAGGAGCCCUUCCCGGUCCCGCGCCCAGCUCCCCCGCCCCGCGGUGGUACGCGCCACUCCGCUCUCCCUAAGCCGACAGAUGAGAGCUGUCUUGAAUGGAAGUCUCCGAGGCCGGAAGUGGAAGGGACCACUCAGGAGGACAGGGAGGGAGGCUCGAGCUCCCCGCGUCUUCAUUGAGGAACCGACGCGGUGAACAUGGAGUUCCAUGUGCGUCUUAUGUAAAGAGAGCGAUGGGCGCCUCAGCCAAUGGGUGCGCGGCGCUUGCAGGCCCGGCCCUCCCGGUAUGCAGAUGAGGCGGCACUGCGGCCAAUGGCGGGCGCCGGGGGCGGGCACGGCGAGCGGUCACGUUUUCCACUAUGUGACAGCGGCGAGUCGGCGGCGGUGGCGGAGGUGGGCGGCCCUGAGGGCUACGCGCUGCUUUUGGCGGCGACAGCGACGCGGGCGCGGGGUCGGCGGGCGACGCGCGGACGAUCGGGCGGACCGGCGGGGACACGGCCCCGUCCAGAUGCCUUUAGCCUGAUGAUGGCGAAGUCCGAACACAAUCCGUCCACAAGUGGCUGCAGCAGCGAGCCGUCCACCAAAGCGGACGCCCACAAAGAGCUGAUCAAAACGCUGAGGGAGCUGAAAGUCCACCUGCCCGCAGAGAAGAAGGCCAAGGGGAAGGCCAGCACCUUGGCGACCCUGAAGUACGCCCUGAGGAGCGUGAAGCAGGUGAAAGCCAACGAGGAGUAUUACCAGCUGCUGAUGGCCAGCGAGAAGCAGCCCUGCAGCGCCCACGUGCCCGCCUACACCGUGGAGGAGCUCGAGAGCGCCACCUCCGAGUUCGUCGUGAAGAACCCGGAAAUGUUUGCCGCGGCUGUGUCCCUGGUUACUGGGAAAAUCCUGUACAUCUCUGACCAAGUUGCCUCCAUCUUUCACUGUAAGAGGGACACCUUUUACGACGCCAAGUUCGUGGAGUUCUUGGCGCCCCACGACGUGAGCGUCUUCCACAGCUCCACCUCGCCUUACAAGCUGCCGCCCUGGAGCCUCUGCCGCGGAGCAGAUUCUUUUACUCGAGAAUGCAUGGAAGAGAAGUCUUUCUUUUGCCGGGUCAGCGUUGGGAAAAACCACGAGAGCGAGAUCCGCUACCACCCGUUCCGCAUGACGCCCUACCUGGUCCAGGUGCGCGACCCGCAGGGCGCCGAGGACCAGCUGUGCUGUGUGCUGCUGGCGGAGAGGGUGCACUCGGGCUAUGAAGCCCCUAGAAUCCCUCCUGAAAAGAGAAUCUUCACGACGACACAUUCACCGAAUUGCUUGUUCCAGGAUGUGGACGAAAGGGCGGUCCCCCUCCUGGGCCACCUGCCCCAGGACCUGAUUGAGACCCCCGUGCUGGUGCAGCUGCACCCCAGCGACAGGCCGCUGAUGCUCGCCAUCCACAAAAAGAUCGUGCAGUCCGGCGGGCAGCCUUUCGACUACUCCCCCAUCCGCUUCCGCGCGCGGAACGGGGAGUACGUCACGCUGGACACCAGCUGGUCCAGCUUCGUCAACCCGUGGAGCAGGAAGGUCUCCUUCAUCAUCGGGAGGCACAGAGUCAGGGUGGGGCCCCUGAAUGAGGACGUGUUCUCGGCUCAGCCGUGCAUGGAGGAGAAGGCGCUGCAGUCCGGCGUCCAGGAGUUCACGGAGCAGAUCCGCCGGCUGCUGCUGCAGCCCGUCCCCCACAGCGGCUCCAGCGGCUACGGCAGCCUGGGCAGCAACGGCUCCCACGAGCACCUCAUGAGCCAGACCUCCUCCAGCGACAGCACCGGCCAGGAGGACCCCUGCCGGAGGAGAGUCGAAAUUUGUAAAAAUGAUAACAAGGUCAAAAACGAGAGCCAUUACCCUGGUGCAUCUGGACAACAAGAGAGCCAGUCUGCUGCAGCGACACAGAGCAGCUCCCUGGCGCACGUGAGCACUGUCCCGGCUGCGGAAAAAGACAGCUCGGGGGCCAGCCUGCCCGAGGAGUUGGCCUGCAAGAACCCGCCCGCCGGCUCCUACCAGCAGAUCAGCUGCCUGGACGGAGUCAUCAGGUACCUGGAGAGCUGCAGCGAGGCCGCCACCCUGAAGAGGAAGUGCGAGUUCCCCGCGCACCUCCCCACGCCCAAGGCCAGCGACAAGCGCAAGGCCACGGCCAGCCCGGGGCCGCAUUCCGCAGAGACAGCAUCGGCCUCUAAGAUGAACAGCCGUGCGGACGUUAGCACGCACUUGACCUCGCUGACGCUGCCCGGCAAGGCGGAGAGUGUGGUGUCCCUGACCAGCCAGUGCAGCUACAGCAGCACCAUCGUUCACGUGGGCGACAAGAAGCCACAGCCUGAGCUUGAGACGGUGGAAGAUGCCACAAGUGGGCCUGAGUCUCUGGAUUGCCUGGCGGGCCCUGCCCUGCCCUGCAGCCUCGGCCAGGACCCCGAGCCCUUCAGGAAGCUGGGCCUCACCAAGGAAGUGCUGGCUGCCCACACCCAGAAGGAGGAGCAGAGCUUCCUGCUGAAGUUCAAAGAAAUAAGGAAACUCAAUAUUUUCCAGUCUCCCUGCCACCAUUACUUACAAGAAAGGUCCAGGGCGCAGCCGAGUGAAAGAGCUGCUCCUGGACUAAGAAAUCCCUCCGGGGUGGACUCAUCUUGGAAAAAAAACGGGAAGAACAGAAAACUGAAGUCCAAACGGGUCAAGCCUCGUGACUCCUCGGGAAGCACUGGGUCUGGGGGGCCGGUGCCCCAGAGGCCCCCGCUGCUGGGUCUGAAUGCCACAGCCUGGUCACCAUCGGACACGUCUCAGUCCAGCUGUCCCUCAAUGCCCUUCCCUGCCCCGGUGCCAGCUUACUCCCUGCCCGUGUUUCCAGUCCCAGGAACCGUGGCAGCAGCACCCCACGCCGGCUUCGCGGUGCCCGUGGACACCCAGCACGAGUUUGCGGUCCAGCCCCCGGCAUUCGCCGGCCCCUUGGCCCCAGUCCUGGCGCUGGUGGUCCCCAGCUACCCCUUCUCCUCAGUGGCCUCGAACCUGCCCCAGACCUUCUUCCCCGGCCAGCCUAGCUUUCCAUCCCAGGUGACUCCUGCCUCACAGUCUGAGUUCCCUGGUCAGACCUCAUUCCCCAAACAGCCACAUGCAUGUCCUCGGGCAGAGCAUGGGCCACCAGCGUCACGUGUAGCCACCCCGGCCACCCUGCCAUCAGCCGCUGGGCCCGCAGGCAGGACCUCCCCGCCGCUCUUCCAGUCCCGCGGAAGCUCGCCCCUGCAGCUCAACCUGCUGCAGCUGGAGGAGACCCCCGAGGGCAGCGCCUCGGCCACGGGGGCGGCAGGUGCGGGGCCAGACUGCAAGCCUGGCUCGGCCUGGGACCGGCAGCCGAAGGCACUGACGACCGGCGAGGAGCCAGCCGACGCCCAGAACAGCGACGCCCUCUCAGCGUCCAGCGGCCUGCUCCACCUCCUGCUGCACGCGGACGUCUGCUCUGCCGCGGGCUCGGCGCUCUCUGGAAGCGGGGCCUCCGCCACCUCCUGUUCCCUGGGCUCAGGCUCACAGGGCUGCGACGCAUCCCCAAGUGGGACAGGCAGCAGCGACACAGGUCACAGCAGCAAAUAUUUUGGAAGCAUUGACUCUUCAGAGAAAAACCACAAAGCGAAAGUGAAGGCGGACAGGGCGGAAAAUGAGCGCUUCAUCAAGAGCGUCCUGCAGGAGCCCGUCUGGCUGCUGGCGGCCGACUCCGACGACCGUGUCAUGAUGACCUACCAGAUGCCAGCCCGAAACGUGGACACGGUUCUGCGGGAGGACAGGGAGAAGCUGAGGGCGCUGCGGGGGCUCCAGCCCAGGUUCACGGACGGGCAGAGACAGGAGCUGCAGGACGUCCACCCGUGGAUGCGGUCAGGCGGCCUGCCCGCCGCCCUCGACGUGCCGGAAUGUGUUUACUGUGGAAACGAGGGGAAAGGCGGCAUUGGUGUGCCAUCUGAGGAACACCUCCCUGCUCCGGGGCUCAGCGAAGUGGCGGACACCAAGGAGGAGGGAAGCGGACCCCCCCUGAGUCACAGAAACCGGGAGCAGACGUAGCGCCCGGCCCGAGAGCCCCGACCGGCCUCCGGCGGCGCUGCGCACAGAGAGGUCUUCACAUUCGUUCCAAAGAAGUGGACGGAUGUAACUACAUGGCUUUUUUUGUUUUAGAAAAAAAACCAUCAUUUUUUGAAGGGGUGAUUUAGAACUGUGGUGGAGUUGGAAAGCUUUUGUUAUAUUGAAGAUAUAAACGUGGAGGUGUUCCCGCCGUGGCACAGUCUUGUCACUGCUGUGGCACAGGUCACAACCGUGGUGCCCAUUUGAGCCCUGGCCGGGGAACUUCUACAUGCCGCGGGUGAGGCCCAAAGAUACAUAAAAAAGAAAUAAAAUAUAAAUACGGAGUUUUAGGGGACCGGGGGGAGAGAGUUUCCUUAUUGUCUAACUUGAGAAAGACUGACUGUCUGCAGAAGUGCGGGGCCUGAGCCAUCCCAGGGGUCCUGAGAGAGCGCUGAGGCCUCUUCCCAGGGCACCAGGGCCCGCUGGCUUCCGGUGAGUUGUCCCGGGGCGUCAUACCAGGCUAGGCUGUGACCUACAGCUGAGAAGCCAGGGGUGACUUUGAGCUGAGGGCCAGGGCUCCCAAGAGCUUCGCCAGGCUGUUUGGAUCAGAUCAAAUUCUGUCCUCUGGGAGAGGGGGUGGCUUUUUCUCUAAAUUAGUCAGACUAGAUGUUUUUAAAACAUACCAAGUGGAGGAGACCACAGUCUCUCCUGAUUUUCUUUGAAAAUGUUUUGCAUUAAAUGGAAAUGUUUUGCAUUAAGUGAAGCUGGGAGUUCCCUUGUGGCACAGCAGGUUAAGGACCAGCAGCAUUGUCACUGCCGUGCCUGGGGUCGCUGCUGCGGCACAAGUUUGAUCCCUGGCCUGGGAACUUCCGUAAGUUGCCAAUGGAAGGCCAAAAUAAUAAUAAUAAUAAUAAUAUAAUAAUAAAAAUAAAUGGUGUGAAGCAUAGUUUGGCAAGCCAGCAGCUUCAGCUUCAAGUGUGGUAGUGGCAAAUAUUUCAACCUGAUGUAGCUUACGUUUGGGGUGAACAAAGUUGAAAUGCUCACUCUGGACUAAAGAAGCCUCAUGGUUUGUGUGACCGACUCUGCCAUAGAAAUACACAUCAACAGAAAUACAUGGACCCUUCUGUCUAUUGCGCCAUCACGCCUGGGUCCUUUUCAGACGGGAUCGCCAAUAUGUAGAUACCAAUGCGUUGUCAGUCAUCCCCUUAUCGUGGCUUCCGUCUAAACCAGGCUUUGAUGGCCACCCUCGAACCCACUCAUGUCUUUCCUUUGGUUGGCACCUCCCAGACAUCAGCCCUGGCCCAGCCAAGCCAGCGCUUUCUCCCCGCGGACGGCAGCCGCUGACCUGGGGGCUGCAUCUGCAUCCCCCAGAUUGCUGUGAGUUCCCCACUCCCACCGCACCCUGAGCUGGGACCCUGACCCUCAUGCUUCUCACGAGCCUGACCUCAGUGGUGCAGCUUCCGGUCUGUGCGGGGACAUCCACUAGUGUCACUGGCACUUUCGGGUGAAUGGGACCCUGGGGGAAGAGCGAGACCAGACUGCCCACCUUUUGCGAAACCUCAUAGUGCGUCAUUAAUCCCAAAGGUUGUUUGGAACAACGUUAUCUUGGUCCCCAGAGUGAAUGAGCAGGUACCAGUGGCCAGACAAUCGACUUAGGAUUGGACGGAGUCUAGAAACUUACACGGAAGCAGCCCUUGCCUGGUUCUUUGAUGGUGAAGCAUCUGCUGGAGGAGGUGUCGUCUCCUUGUAAUCCACUUGGGUUUUGUGGGCCAAACCAUUUUACGCCUGAAUAUCAAUCCUAUUUUUCAUAAACUCAGACACAAAAAGAUUUUUUUUUUCAUUUACAAAGUAACAUCACCUUCAGAGGCCCCAGACGAGGGGUAGCCUGUGCGUUUGUGUGGAGAUGAGAUGCUACUAACGUUCCUGCCUCUCAAGUCAGAUCAUUAAGGGAUUCGCCGAUAGCCAGGGCUGCAUUGAUGUCACCUAAACACAAAACUGCCAAAACAUUCUCUACUGUCACGAAUGUUCCCCGUUGGCAUUAUCUCACUCUUCACACAUACCUGCCCGUUGUUAACUGUGUAGCUUCAACCGUGUGCUGAGAAGUUGACAAUAGGAGCAUUUGGUGAAAUUGUUUACAUGGCGCCAUGCAUCGUCUUACGUAUUCUUUCGUAUGUGUGCUUACGCGGGUGUUAUAGAAACUUCUCAAUUUGAAACUGAGCCUUCUUUUUAAUAUAUUCCUCAAAAGAGAUGUAAAUAAGCUCUCAGAGUCUGUGUCAUGACAUGUUAGGCCUUGCCGGACAAGUGGUUUGUUCACGCACAAACCGAACUUUCUUCACCCAGUGCAAUAUGUUUGUUGGACUGCUUGUGUCUUUUUAUGACUUUUUUGCCUUUUAGAAAAUUGGUAAAUAAAGCAAG